UCCCCGUGGAUUUCAUGUUCUGCAGUGAGGACCAUCUCAAAAUGACGGAAAACAGCGCGUCGCCGGAGGAUCCCUGGCUAAAGCAGACAGAUGGCACCUUCAGCGACAACGGUUUUGAUCACAGUUUCUUUGCCGAAAAUGCUUGCAAAGGAAGUUUGGUGUCAAGAGCCAACAGCAUUGGAUCCACAAGUGCCUCUUCAGUUCCAAACACAGAUGACGAAGACAGUGACAACAGACAUGAGACGCCCUAUAAGGAGUCCUAUAAAGACCGGAGGAGACAGGCACACACACAGGCAGAGCAGAAACGCAGGGACGCCAUCAAGAAAGGCUAUGAUGACCUGCAGUCUAUAGUGCCUACAUGCCAGCAGCAGUCUGACUUUACCAUGGCCACACAGAAGAUCAGCAAAGCUACAGUUCUGCAGAAGACAAUCGACUACAUUCAGUUUCUCCACAAAGAAAAGAAGAAGCAGGAAGAGGAUGUUUCCACACUUAGGAAGGAGGUGAUGGCGCUGAAAAUAAUGAAAACGAACUAUGAGCACAUUGUGAAGGCUCAUCAGAAUAACCCUCAGCAGGGCAGCGAGCAGGUUUCAGAUCAGGUGAAGUUCAGCGUGUUUCAGAGCAUCAUGGACUCUCUGUUCCAGUCCUUCAAUGCUGCAGUGUCAGUCAGCAACUUUCAGGAUCUCUCUGCCUGCGUCUUCAGCUGGAUCGAGGAACACUGCAAGCCACAGACGCUGAGAGAGUAUGUGGUGACUGUGCUGCAGCAGGUGAAUAGUCAGCUGUACUGAAGUUGGCAAUUUGUCUGUCCUUCAGGCUAACCUCUCAUUCAAGAACAGAGUCUCUUUCUCACACACAGACACACACUACUGGACUGGGGUGCACUCAAGAACUCUGAAGAGAUGAAGCAGCGCUUGCUCAAGUAUUGACUGAUUUUGUGAAGUGUUUAUAGCAUUGAUUCCAAUCAAUACGUGUGGAAAUGUAAUAAUUUAAUAAGGAGUAAGAGGUUUUCCUCUAGUAAGAGGGGAAAACAUGUUUGUUAUGUCAUGUUCUGUUUCUUCAUACACCAUUCACCUAUCAUGCAAGUUCUGUUUAAUUGUUCUCAAAACACACCUCACUCCUAAAGUUUAAAAAUAUGUACUUGUUUCAUCUAAAACAAGAACAGUUUCAUCAGUAUUUGGAUUUUCACAAGUCAACCACAAAUAUGAGGAAUACCCAGCUGUCCGAUUACACACCAAGUGCUGAGGUGUGAGAUAUCUCAGUUGCCUUUGAAUGAUUAUGUUUGGCGUGCUGCAUUCAGUUAUCAUCUUUACCUCAUGUUUAAGUCGUUUUCCAAAGCACAACAAGCAACAUUUUCACCAUUGAGAAGAGCUUAGUGCUGGAAAGGGGAGCUGAGAGGUCUAAUUACACUGUGAUGCAUCACUAUCAGUUGGA